AUGGCAUCAUAUCUAGACAGGUAUGUGCAAAACGUCAAUUCCAAGUCUGAUUUGCAACUGUCUUCUUCAAAACCUUCAUCGCCUUCUAAAAUUAACCUAACCCCAACCAAACGGUUGGGUUCGCCUCUCAAGUCUAGUCCCGCAUUGAAUAACAUAAGUUUAAAUAGGGAAAACUCGAAAACUAAUGAAAAUAUUUACACACAAUCACCUUCCAGAUCACCCCUUACCAAAAGUAGCAAUCUGCGCAGUCCUCAAAAGAUAGAUCUAUCACAAUAUUCGAACGAGGAUUUGAAAUACUAUGAAUUUUUGUGCAGGGUUGGUGAAGUGAAAAGGUGGAUUGAAAAAUUGAUCCAUGAGGAACUGCCCUCUGAGUUCGAACUGAGUGUUGGUGACGGCUUGAGAAAUGGUGUUUAUCUGGCUAAGGUCACUCAAAGGAUCAAUCCAGAUUUAGCACCAAACAUUUUCCCUGCCGGAGAUAAACUACAGUUUAAACACACACAAAAUAUCAAUGCCUUUUUUUCUCUGGUGGAACAUGUUGGUGUUCCGGACUCCUUCCGUUUCGAGCUGCAAGACCUUUACAAUAAAAAGAACAUGCCACAGGUUUUCGAAACUUUGCAUAUUUUGGUUACAAUCAUAAACAAGAAAUGGCCAGGUACUACCCCCAUAUUAAGCAAUCUUUCCGGUGAACUGAGUUUUGAAUCAAAUGACCUGAAACGGUGUAGAAAGGCUUGGCCCAAAAUUAGAGACUUCAAAUCCUUGGGCGCUAUUCUACCCUCUAGUCCUAUAGCGACGAACAACAGCCCAUCUAUCCAUAGAAACGGUCUAAUAAACGAUUUUGACAACUUCGAAAGGACUAAAAUCGUUAGCCCGCAACAAGAAUUACUAACCCCUAAGAAGACAUUUUUGGAACCAGCAUUUACGCCAAAGGCAAUGGCUCCAACCAAGCUUGAAUUCAAAGCCGAAGAAUUGACUACACCCGUAACGUUACCAAAAACCCCGAAAUUGGAACCGCAACCCAGCUUAACUUACAAGCCAAGUUCCUAUUUGCCAUCUCCAACAUUUAUAAACCAUGACCCCUCUUUAAUCAACAAUACGCCUCGUCUCGAUUACAGUCCCAUCAAGAGUUCCAGUUUAUCAUACUACUCACCCACGAUCUCGAAAUAUUUAGCGUACGACACGGAAUUUUACAAGAGGAGAAGUCAAGCCCGAACAGAAGAUAUUGAAUAUUAUAAGAGCUUCAACUACAGUCCUUCACGUUAUUCGCCCGUUCGUCGAGAAAAAAUGACAGAGGAUCAAUACCUAGAGCAGGUUGUUGGCGUGCAAAGCCAUUGCAGAGGUGUAAAUACAAGAUUUGCCAUGUAUUUACAAAACCGAUUGCUUAAUCUAUUUGAGCAUGAAGUUGUGCACCUUCAAGCUUUAUGCAAAGGCUCUGCAUUGAGAACCCUAAUGAAAGAUGAUAUCGAAGCAGCAGUUAAGCCAGUUGACGAUGAUGUUCCUAUUCUACCGGUCUUGCAAGCAUUUUUAAAAGGGCCCAUUAUCAGGUACAGACUGGACCGGCUCAGAAUUCUGGCUCUAAGACAGGAAGAAACUGCUUCAUUAUUGCAGGCUCGAAUUAAAGGUAAGCAAAAAAGAUUAAAGAAGUACCAAGAAAUGGCUGAUAUUGUAGCAUCAGAUGGUCCUUUGAAACUUCUCCAAUCUUCAAUCCGGGGAAGACUUGUUAGAAGAAUUUUCAAGGUCCACGUUUCGAAUGAGAGUUUAAUCACAUUACAGGCAAGGUUGAGGGCAGUACUAAGCACGACCAAAAUAGAGAAAGUUGUGCGCUCGUUCAAUUUGUCGAAUAUCGAACCAGUUAUUUUCCUUCAAAGUUUUGUAAGAUCUCAACUGAUAAGGAAAAGUGUAUCCCAGAAAGUAAGCCCUUUGUCUAAACACGGUCAAGAAAUUCAAAAAAUGUCGGCCUUUUUGUCAGGGCGCAGAGCACGCCAAAAAAUGAAAGAACUACAAUUUGGCAAUAAUGCUUCUUUGGCAUCGAUUAACGUCUUGCAGGGGGCAGUUAGGGGGAUUUUGGUGAGAUAUACUUUAGAUCUAGUGGACGAUAUCAUAGAGUUUAACAAUAUUAAUCUAUUUCAAGGUUGUCUAAGAGGUAAGAUUAUUCGCUCGUCCUUGCAUGGAAGAUCUCAGCAUUUUAUUAGAAACGAGAGAUCUGUUGUUAGAGUCCAGAGUUGGAUUAGAAUGUUUCUGAUAAAAAGUGCUUAUGUGAGGUUGAUGGAAUACCCAAAUCCCACACUUUGGGCUGUCCGCAAAUUUACCCAUUUAUUGAACGGUUCAGGGACCAUAGAAGAUACUCAGGAUAAACUGGAAAGUUGCCAGGCUGCUUUAGAUGCGGAGAAUAUCAAAAAAGAUGGUUUGGAGAAGGAUAUUAGAAAGAAAAUAAAUACCUUGAAGGUCUUAGAAGAUUUUGGCUUGACUGAUGGCUCUACCGAAUCCUUACAACACAUCCAUAUCCCGGAGGCAAGAUACCCAUGCAUGGAAAAGCUUUUCUAUCUGCUACAAGUAAACCCGUUAUACUGGAAAACGAUGUUCGUUCAUCACCAAAGUUUUGUUGAGAAGAACGUGUAUUUAUCUUUCACAACUGUCAAUCAAAGAAUGGGCAGUAGAGAAAAAAUGUACUUCAUUAGAUUUGUUAAUGAGAUGCUGCUUCAUUCGAUUAUUGAGAGUAACUCUUUUGAUUCAUUUCUGAACGAUCACACAAUGUUUUGGGAAAGAUUACUAAAAGAUUUUCUUCAAAGAGAAUACUCUGAAUUGUUCAAUCUAUUCCGUCCCGUGCUGGAAUUUCUAACUGCUUCCACUACAGAUUUUGAAAAUGACCCAACGGUGAUCUAUAAACAGAUUCAUGGUUCAGCGGUGCCAAAAUCCAUUUCUCCAAUUGCAGAUGAACAAGUAAAGAACAAAUUUAUUGAAAAUUUGAGAACAUUGUGGCACGCAGUUGAAAUGGUAGCUGAGAUAUUUACCAGGAAACCACAGGAUGUUCCAAUUGAAAUCAAAUAUAUCUGCACAAAAAUCUUUGGUUAUGCUGCUGACAAAAAUGCAGACGAUUUUGGGUCGCUGAAAGCUAUUGCUAAAAUUCUUGUUGGUAUAUUUGUCAAUGAAUAUUUGAUGAACUGGGAACUCUACGGUUUUGAGACAGCGGAUUUAAAACUGCUUAACACCAGGGUACAAACAUUGGCUGUUUCUCUAUCAACCAUAUUUGAGUUCAACAAUUUCUCAGGAUAUUACGAACCAUUGAAUCAAUAUUCAGAGGAAAUCAGACCACAUAUACGUGGAAUCCUUUUAAACUUCUUACUUGAGCCUGAUUAUGAGCAAGAGGGUGAUAGGUUGAUAUAUCUCGAUAUGGUUUCAGAGGUACCUAAACUAGAAAUCUUAACCGAGAAAGCACAUAAGAUUUUACAAGUUUUCAAAGAGAAUAUGUAUUAUUAUUCUGACAAGGAUCUCAUUCGGGACAUUUUGAAGGACAGUGGUGACGAACUGAAUAUGCAUAAAAAUGGUAGAUUGUUCUUGGAACUGAACCCGACGGCAUACAGAUUCUUGGUAAUAGAUGAUAAGAUGAGGAAACUGUAUGACCAAACCAAGAGGGCCUUUGUCUAUAUGACACAGAUCGAGGAAGUUGAUUCCAGUCUCUAUGAUUUACUUGUUAGCUCGAUUCUACCAAAAGAUGAGCCUACAUUCAAGCAAUUUUUGGAAGACAAUAAGGCUGUAUUGAAAGACCCAAUGGUAGAGCUUUUGAAGCCGCUAACGUAUUUCACGCUAAAAAGUUCCACGUUGAAGAAAGUUCACGAACUAGAAUCUGCUGGUAUCAUUCGCACGUCAGAUAACAAAUUACAAAACAUGUUGAAUGAUAUUGCCAACACCAUCAAAAACCCUGGCUACGCUAUCAACUAUGUUAUUCAGGAACUAGACGUAACACAAAAUACGUUGGAGGAUGUUUGCAAUUUAAACCAGACGUUAAGUGCUGACUUGGAGCACUUGAAGACAUCUAUUGAACAACUAAUUAGAAAAUGUCAAAGGUCGAAAAGUUUUGCACCUGUCAGCAAGGGUACUCUUGGUAACCUCAAGAGCGCCGUUAAGAUGGUUCACCAUAGGGAAGGUAUUGAACUGCAAGGCUUAAAAUACAAAUGGAGCACAAGACAGCUCUACGAAAAGGGUGUUAUUAUUUCAAUCGCUGGUGAGAAACUUGCUGAACAAACAGUUAAAGUAUUCGGAUCCAGUGGCCCAAAGUUUCCUGACAUUGUCUUUAGGAUCUCCACAUCAGACGGUGCCAAAUUUGGUAUACAACUUGUUGACAAGAGAAAAGGUCCCGAAAAGAAGCAUGUUGAGUCCGUUGACUCCUUCACGUUCACAGAUUUGUUGAACACACAAGUUGGUACCAAGAAAAAUAAAUGGACAUUACUAAAUUCUAAGGUCGUAUUCAAUACAUCCAAACUAUUGACGUUAGUGAUUACAACUUUCUACAAAUAG